UGUGGUGGCUGUUACGAGCGAGCCUAGACAGGCAGUAUGGCGGAGGAGAGAAGUGUGUACGACUUGGAGGGGCUCGAAAAACAACUGGAGAGUUUGUUGAGCCGUUGCCCAAGUGACGAAAUACGAGCCGACGGUAAAACGUUCUGCUCCGAAUUUCGCAAGCUGGUGGAGGAGUACGUCUCUCGUUGGCAGGUGCCGCUGCCUCAGCUCAGGAUCCUUGAGAUUGCUCUCUGCUACUUUGCUCGGGCCUCCACCUUCUUCACGCCAAACUGUGAUCAUGUGAUUCACACACUCAGUAGUCUGGCAUUGAGUGUUUUUGAGUUGCUGCUGUUCUUUGAGCAGAAAGACUUUCAUCAAGAGCCACUGAAUCACUUUUCUGUUACAUUCCAGGAAUGUCACUCGGUGCUUGCGAGGCAUCAGAAUGUUCACUUGGUUCAGGUGGAGCGGUUGGUUCGUGGUGGGGGGCCUUGGGGCAGUGCAGCCUUACAUGCGAUCCUCACUGAGUCCAGUUUACCUCAGAGUGAAGUUGAUGGGUGCAUCGGCUCUGAGCCGCCCGUGUUCCUUGAGCUGCGGGUGCGCUACCUCUUAUCCUGUGAGCGGGUCAGUGAGGCUGCAGCCCUGGCUAGGUGCUGCGCUCGGCAUCCCUCGGCAGGACAACACUUGUUCUUUUUCCAGGUCUACCUCACGUGGCUUUUCAAAACCUCACAGCAUGACUGCCUUCAACGAGAGGUGGCUGAUUUGAAUGGUAAAGAUGCGAUUCAUAUCAUCUGUAGUUUAGAGUGUGAGGAAAAAGAUGAGUUGCUACUCGCCCUCAGCAGAGCCUUCCUCUCCCAGCAGCUGCGCAGGGGAGACAUGUGCUAUUUGUGUGAUCUUGUCUUCAUAUGGAGCAAACUUCACAGUCGGUUGAAUACUUCCAAGCAAGCUCUUCUUGAGGAGAGUAAUCAGCUGAUUCUGUCUGCCACCAAUGUCAACUCAAUCUUCCCAUUCAUCAGAGCCAUACUGCAAGAGCUUGGGGAAGAUGGAAUCCAGUUCUGCGUUGAGCUUUGUGCUAAUGCCCUGGGGUUUUGCCUUCCCUGCGAUGUCAUCACCAAGUCCCUAAUCUACAAAACCAUUGCCGGCCUGCUCCCCAAUGACUUGGAGGUUUCCCGGGCGUGCGCCCUUCUGAUCUUCUUCCUCGAGCGCUCCGUUGAGACCUACAAGUUGGUGUACCUUCUUUACAUGCAUCCUGAUCAGGAGUACCAGGUGGAGUACAGCCCCAUCCGGAAUCAUGUUCGCUUCGAAACCCUGCAGGUCUUGAAGAAGGACCUGUGUUUUGACCCAGAGUUUUGGAACCUCACUGCUUUGCGGAGCAACUGUUUAAAGCUGAUGAGCGAGAAGGUGGUUGGUGGUGCCCUCGAGGAGAUCAUGGAGAACAAAUGGAUCCUGAGCUAUUGCGCCAAAGAACCUGCCUCCCGAUCAAGCAAAUCGACGUGUUACAAAGGAAGUAAGGGGUCAACAGCUAAAAAACGGCAUCAUAAAGAGGACAGACGUCGUGACACUGACACUGCAUCCAAGGGAUUAAAAGUGGGGCCGGGAAAAGCCCGGCUACACGUUGACCACACCGCAAAGAAGAAAGGCAGCCAACGGUCAUUAUCUUCUGGACCUUUGAGGCGUUCAUUUUGGCAGCUAGACAGACUAAAGGACAAUGUACCUGUCGGAUAUGGAGAACUUCGACGCACUACGAGACUCUCAGAGAAGAACCCACCGAAACGGAGGAUUAGGCAACCCAAGUGGCUUCUUGAAGACUCAGGAAAUCUUGGAGAGAAUGAAGGCGUUUCAAAGACCAAAAAGCAUGGGCUGAGACAUCAAAAGCACCACGGAUCCAAUGCGAUGAAGAGGUCUGAAACGGUUGAUUUCAAGAACAAUGACAAACACAAACCUGCAGUAAACUCUCAUUUAAUGGCAGGAGAAAACAGCAGCAAGCCCCAGAAGGGAUUUUCACCCCCUCUCAAACUAGCCGCCCUUCCUCAAGUAGUCCUUGAGCUCUCCCUACCAGACAACGAGCUGAUGGGAACCUUCAAUGAGGACACUUGCAACAGACAGAGAGGUUUCCCUCAAGUGCUUCUCUACAGACCGACACUAAAGGUUCCUUCCACGUCCGAACCCGCAAAGACUGUGCACCGCAAAGAGGUGAUUCUGAGGGCGCGGGACACAGCCAUGUUUGUACAACAGUUGCACUGUUACGCUCGGCGCCAGAAGGGGAAAGGCGUCAGGCCCAAUAUUCAAGGCUCGGUUUCAACAAUCACGCGCUCCUCGGUGCAAGGAAGUCCUCCAAAAGAGCCGGAGAGAGAGCUCAGUGAUGAACCUGCCGCUGACAAUAAAGGUGGAAUAAUUGCCCUUCACACGCCAGAAGGAGCCAAAAUCCCACAAUCCCCGGGACUUGAAAAAGCCCUUGAAACUCAAACCACAAAAGCCGCCUCACGAAGGACUUGUUCAGAAAGCGAGCUCUCUGAGAAGCCUGCAGCCAAGGUGAGAGUCGCCGACGCGUCGGAGACAUCGGCAGCAGCGGAAAUUAUAGAAGCCCCGGUGACGGAAAAGCCCGUGCACGCUCCCACCGUCGCUCCAAACGGGCUCUGUGACGAAUCUGCUGUGGAGAUGAGAGUCACUAUCGCCUCAGCAGCGCCGAAAGUGGCUGCGUCCUCAGAUUUAGAUCAGGUCUCCAGAGCCGUUAAAGAUGCUUCAAAAAGCACAUCUUCUUCAGCUGAGGUUUUCCAAUCUUCACCUCUGAUCCACAAUCAGAUGGUAGCUCCUUAUAAAAUCCCUUCCAGCUCAAAUAGGGCCGACAGUUCAAGAACGGGAGCUGCCGAGGCCAGGCCUUCACCGUCUCCAGAUGUUCUUGGAGAUGGGAGGCAAGAACUAAAGUCUCAGGCUGAAGCUGGCAAAUGUCCUGUUGCCAAAGCUGACGGCCCAGAGGUGCUCACCGCUGUCUGCGGCAGCCAGUCUGCGGUGGACGUGAUGGAUGUUUUGCCCAAAUUCCCAAACGGACACGGGCCUUGUGAAAAUGAAAGUGGAGGAACUACGGGAACUUCUUCUCCAGAUCGGGACAGUAUAAAUGACAUGUCUGCUCUGACGUUGGUAACAGAAAUGGUAACUGAACUCGCCCCUGGGGCACUUCCUCGAGAUCUGGAGAAUCGCAAACUGCCGUCUCCAGAGGACGGCACCUCCAAGGAGCCCACACCUGGAAGUAAAUCCAACGCUUCUAACACAUUAAGAACUACCUCCACCUGCUCUGUAGUUUGUGAUGGGCAGGGGAAGGGAGCCCAGGGUUUCGAUCCAGAUACCAUCGAGGACAGCGACCUCCCAGAAUCGGAGGAAUCCAAGUUGGAAUACUCAUGCACCUUCUGCAACAAGGUCUUUAAAGGAAGUCGUGUCGUAGAACAUGCUAUGUUCCAUUAUCGCAAGGACGAGUGCAUGUUCUGUGGGACCAUGUUCAAAGAUGAUCUUCUGGCCAUGAUGCAUCUGUCUGACCACAUUGAGAAGCUGAAGAGGAUUAAAGAGGCCGAUGGUAACAACGAGACCAAAGCAAAGACCAUGAGUGUGUCCUCCGGGCGCCGCAGUAGCGGGAGAACGAGGAGAUCUGCAGACGGUCCUAAAUCAACGAGCCCCCCACAUUCAACCCCAUCUGGGUCCAGACAGUUGAGAUCAUCAAGCAGUCCAAUGUCAGCAGAUGAAAGAAAGGAAACACCCUUGAAGCUCCUCCGUAGUAAAGCUCACAAGGUAAACGGGCAUUUUGGGAAGAAGACAAACCCUGACGGACCAAAGAGGGAAAAAACGCCCGUUACACAGCAGGACAUCUCUCGCAAAAGAUUGCAGGAAAACCAACACACAGGCCGGGAUUCCUCGCCGGCCAAACAAAGAGAGCGCGCUGUUGAGGGGGAACGUGUGGAGGCUCAAGAGAAGGUUUGCUGUCCCGUGGAGGGGUGCGACUGGUUUACGGACCUGACGAAAAGAGCCGCACUCCUCUACCACGCGCUCGAAGAUCACUACGGGGAGGUUGGGCCUCUCGAAGUGGCCUUCCGCAUAGAAAACGGCAAAUGCAGCAGUUGCAAGAGGGUCAUGUGGAGUUUCGAACAUUUCCAGCACCACGUCGGAAGGCACAGACUCUCUCCUCGGCAUCCCUGCCUCCAUCGGGAAUGCACGUCCAGGUUCAAGACCGGAUUAGAAAUGAGACGCCACGCCAGGAGGCACAAUCCGCUGCAGGCAGUGUGCUGCGUCCCCGGAUGUUCUCAACUAUUCAUUUGUCUCUGGGCGCUGAACCUUCAUGAACGAGAGCACUAUUCCUUCAAACCCAUUAAACCAGACAAGGAUGCAAAUAAACAAACGGGCCACAAACAGCGCAACACGCCGGAUGGAAAGAAACGCUCGGAUCAACGGCCGAAAGACGCACCUGCCGCCGUUACCGCUGAUAAUCCGGAGAGUGAGAUGGCUCCCCGUAAAUUAAGGGGAGAGGGUGCACAUGACUCUCCUACGGAAAACCACUCCCCUCUUCCCGCCGCUGUAAAAGAGGAGUCGAAAGCACGACAUGAGACCAAGGAUUUGCACGUGUUGAAGAAUCUUUCCAACAAGGACACCUCCUCACCGCCCGCUGGCCCUCAUCUGAGAUUACGGCAAACAUUAAGAAAGGUGACGAGUACAGCCAGAGGUCACAAAGUCAUCUCAUCAUCGCUGCAGAAACAGAAUAUCACAGUGAGGCACAAGUUCAAGAGUAAGCAGGUCAGAGACAAAGCAAAAUGUCCUAAAAGAAGAGGGCGUCCCCCCAAGUCAAAGGAAGCUGUGCAUGAUGAAAAUACUACUGCUGGUCCCACCGAUCAAAGUGUCCCAGGAAAUGCUGCUCCGCUUGCCAACGUCCCCAAAGCAGCAGAGAGCCCGAACGCGAGCAACGAGUCAAAGGGAAAAGAGCAGGUCAAAGAUGUGGUCGACCCAACAGAAGCGUCCAUUAACAAAUCAGAGAAAUCGACAAAUGAGAAAAUGAAGAACAAUCAUUUUAAACAAAAGGAACUUUUACAGGUAGCUAGCUGCGCAAAGACGGCGACGUGUUUAGAUCAAUCAGUCAGCUCCACCUCAGCUGACAAAGCACUCCAGUUAACUGCUAAGAAUCUACAUAAAGUGAGGAAACGCUCCGCUCCGAAGGAAAGUAGAACUGCGUCUUCAAAGAAGCACAAGCCCACGAACAACGAAGCCAACUUAAAGACGGUCAAGAGGAAACCAGAGGGGAAAGAGGAAGAGGCAGAAAACAAAGACUCGACACAGCGUGGCUGUGGUAACUCGGUGCCUUCGGCCCCACCGAACUGUUUAAAUGAGACAACUGCACCUCCGACAUCGUCCGGAGAGAAAACACAGGAGGAGAAACUAAAGAGAUCCCUCGUGAAGACAGAAGGAAAGAAAGAAAAGAGGGCUCACAGCGCUUCUUCAGACUCGGGCCAGAUGAAAAAGAAGCACAAGGACGUGAAUAAAGAGGACAAGAAAACACUAAAGGGAAGACUGUCAGAUGCCAACAAAUCGUGCGUGAAAAAGAAAGUCCAGUCUAAAUCUGCAGAGCGGCAGGACGCGGCGAGCAGCUCGAGCGCCGCGACGUCCCCACAGCGGGGGACGAAAAAAGACAAAUCCAAGAAGCCGCACAUCCCCAAAAACUCGGGUCCCAAGGAAGUGGGCGAGAAGCGAGACGACGUCAAAGGCGCCGCCGAGCAGAUCGCUGAGGGGCAGGCGGAGGCCCCGCCUGUAGCGGAGGAGGGGACGACGACGACGACGACGGCGGCGGCCACGCGCCCGGCCGCCGGCGAGGACCCCAAGUGCGCCGCGCUGAGGGAGGCUCUGGCGGGCUACAGCAGCCGGCCGUACGCCCGGCCGCCGCCCACCGCCUACCUGGACGAGAAGUACAUCACCAUGCCCAAGCGAAGGAAGGACCCGCCGCCGCCCGCCCCCUCGUCCCAGUGGAGCCCGCCCCCCCGGCAGAGCGGCGAGGCGAAGGCGGCGGGGAGGCAGCGGUGCGCCAACUGCUUCGCGACAUUCGACGGCGCCGAGGAUCUGCAGCGGCACCUCCAGCUGCAGAAGUGCUCCAGCCUCUUCGGCUUCGAGUCCGACGACGAGGGAAACAGUUAAAACACGUCUGGUGGGGUUUGAAGGGAACUGGCGUUUUUGAGCGCGACGGAUCGGCGCUCUCUGGACGACUCGUUCACCUCGGGCGGACUUGACACCUGAAGAAGGGCGACGGCGCUGGUCUCUCGGCGUACGGAAGAAGAACUGGAUCCCAGUUUGACCAGCCAGCACUGAAAUGCCUGCUGUGGAAGCAGCUGCUUCCCCCGGUAUGGAGAGGAAUCGUGGCUUAAACUCUGGACUCUUGACAAGCUGUGAAAAAGUAAUUUAAAGGAUGAAGCCGCUCCUGCUGUCACUAGGAUACUUGCUUUCCACAUCAGUAAGCCAUAAAAUGCCAUUGUUUGCUUUUUGCACUCUUCUCGUGAGAUUUCUUUCUUUCUUCUCAAAUUCUAAAAGUGAUGGAGGUUGUACGGCGAUUUAAGUACAUGCUGUUUUAACCUCAUGUUUCAUAUAAUUCUCUUAACUUGCUGUAUCGGAAUAUUCUUUCGGGCAAUGUUAUGUACAAUUCUUGUUUAAAUAUUAAUUGUAUUUCUUAUAUCACUAUGGGCUUUUAUUAGGUCCAUGCGUGUCCUCGCCCAGAGUAACCAGUAGGGGGCACUGUGCACUAAUCUCUGUUAACAUUACAUUUCUUUCAAAGCUGCUUCACUGAGUUUAUCACUGGAGGGACUUCUCUCCCAGUUGCAUCCAUCAUUUCCUUUAGCAAUAACUACCACCAGAUAUUUUUUUUGCCAGAUUCUGACGAGAUCUUUUUUUCAAUUUAUUAUUGGCUGACAUUCUUGCAAUUUCACGACUGACUGUCUCAGACCGUAGGAACAUUUGUCAUUUCUCUUUCCUUCCAAGAGAAAGUAAUAAAA